AUGCCCAUGCUGACCGUCCGCAGCCCAGCCACGGGCUACCCGCGCUUCGACGAUGACGAGGACCAACAGGUCCGCACCGUUGCCCUCUGCGCCAUCUUUGCGGCCACUGAGCUGCCCAUGCAUGAGGAUGGAUGCCCUCGGGACAUCUCCGAGGAGCCCGACGUGGAACUCGUAGGCCAGCACGACGUGGAUGAUAUUACUACGGCCCUCAGCAGGCUCCCCAGCUUGAAGAGCGCCCCCGCGUUGAAGUGGACGAUCAAUCUUAUUGGCCACGUCGGAAAAGCUUUCGCCAACGUGGUCAUCAUGCCUGAACUGCGCGCAAUGUCAGGCUGGCUCUCUGCCACUCAGUUUGGGACCCUUCACGGCCGAUCGACACGAGACGCCAUUGCCCUUGUCGACGAGAUCGGCCGUCGCUUUCCAGAGAACCCUUGUCGCACCAAGACCAACUAUCGCAUCCUGGUUGCAGCAUUGAUCGACCUCGAGAAGGCCUUCGACCUCCUGACUCGAAGUGCAGUACGACCCCCAGUCCAGGUCUUCUGGAAUUCGGUCGUUUUCAUGGCUAUCGAGUUGAGGUUGUUAGAUGCGCCCCAGGUCAAGUUCGUGGAUGAUUUAAUCGCACGGACGGUGGUCGGCGACUUAGCGACCGUCUCCGAGUUCCCAGAGUUUCUGGGGACCAACGUCAAUGCCAACGGCUUAACCAUGAAUGCCCCGAAAACCGAGCUGAUGGUGAGUGUUGCGGGGAAGGGGUGCCGGACGGUAAGGAGGAAAAUCAGCACUAAGCAGAUUGGCAUUAGUUUGACCCACGCUGGCGGCCAGGUUCGCGCGAUCCACCCGACGCCGACUGUAAAGUACCUUGGCUGCUUGCUUUCGGCGAAGGGCUCGUGCUCGGCCGAGGUCAAGGCCCGCCUGACUUCCGCCAACCAAGCCCACGGCCAGCUGAUCCAAAAGGUGCUGGCGGGGAACCUCAGCGCGCGUUUAAAGAUACGCUUGUGGAAUUCACUAGCACGGCCGUCCUCUCGCACGAAGCUGAGAGCGACCAACUCCGCGAAGCUGGAGACGCCGAUGAAGCACAUCGCCUCGUCUGCCCAGACUGUGGAAAAAGAUGUCAUGGCGAGAAAGGUUGGCAUCUCGAAGGGGGACAAGCUCGUGACGAAAUUGCUGCUCCAGCGCGAGGAUAAUUUCAGGGGCUCGGCGCGCGACAAGAACGCGGUAGUGAAGCUGAAGACAGGCUCCCAGAUGCAGCUGGCGCUCGCGGCGGGCAUCCAGAACUACCAGAAGGUCGGGAGGGACGCGCGCGCCGCGGUCGAGCCCAUCGAGCAUCGCGGCCACCCACACGGGAAGAAACCCGACGCGUACCUCCGCAUUUUGCUAUUCCGCUUGAGUGAGGCGAUCGAGGGCAGGAUCGAGGACGUUCUCGCAGCAGUGGCCCAAGGGCCGCACCCAGCCGAGUCGAAGGAGGCGCUGCGCCUGGCGGUCGAAUUCGGCAAGAGUUUGAACGACAAGGAAGCGAAGCUCAAAGCGACCCGCUGCUUCGACGUUCAGACGAAGACAGACGUCGACGGCAAGACAGUGGAAGAAACCAAGUGGAGCAAGGCCGCGAAGGAGCUCGAGAGGACGGUGUUCAAGGGCGGCGGCGGCGGCGGCACGAAGGCACCCUGCGAGUCAGCGCGCUCGGUGCUGUGCUCAACACUGUGGACCAGGGGAGGUGUGGAAGGCUUGGACCGGGAGGAGGCCCUCGAGUCCAUCGGGGUGGCAUCCGAGCGCUUCAAGGCUGCCAGCCGGCUCUUCCAGCCAGGUGGCUUCCGCCUGGGCCCCGACCCGCGGACGCCGGCGUCCCGCGCAGGCGUCGGCGGCAGGCGCACGCCGGACGGCGACCCCUUCGGCAGCGCGUGGAGGGAAGAAGACUCCGAGGCGGACGAGCAAGCUCGCCAAAGCCGGGCCAAGGAGGAAGAAUACCGGAGAACCGCAGAGAUGGAGGCCAACGUGGUUGGUGCUCGUGCUCGUGAACUCUUGGAAAAAGUGGAGUCCGAGUUGGCGGAAGCUCAACAAGAGAGUGAACGCCGCAUUGUGCUUCGGAGGCUCGUCCGCGAGUUGCACCCAGACGUCAAUCAAGACCGUCAGGAGGAAGUGAUGCCUGCUUUCACGUUCGUGCAGGGUCUUCGCGAACUUGCUGCUGACUCGUAG